AUCGUAUGUAAGGUUUAUUCACCUUUCAAAUGCCCUGCGCUAGCAGUUCUACCAUUGUUGACCAGAAUAGAUCCGUACGGCAUGAGAAAACAUUUUCGUGUUUUCCAUAAAUGUAUUCGGUCCAAGGAUGUGCGUGAAGCUUUCUAUGCUUUGCAAACCAUCUCGCUUUUGAUUCCAAGCUCAGAGGAUGAUCCGGUUAAGGACGAAGAAAAUCAUGCCUAUCGUCUGCGAGUUACUGACUCUUUAUUUGCGGACAUCGAAAAUCUUCUAAUAAGAAUUCUUCUAACGGAUCAUGAGGAACGUUUAUCUGAUGGUACCCUAGUGUCAGAUUACUGGUAUAGAUGUACUCGUAGUUGUAUCAAGGCGGUAUUUGCAAUCGCUGCUGAUGUCGAUUUCGUGAUUACACGACUUUUGGCUAAGAGCAUAUUUUAUGCCAAGCGAACAACUGAGGCCUAUAUCGCUCACGUGAAUUUGGAAGAAGCGGGAAAACUACCACAGAAUGUUAGCCAAGACUUGAUCAAAAAGAGGAAGUAUGUCUUCGAACGUAUUUUUCUAAUCUGA